ACACAUAUGACAUAUCUGUCGCCGGCUAUAAUUUGAACUCUAAAAACGUUCUUUGUAUCUUCAAGUAUCAAGAGUGUCUUCUAAUAAAGUCUAGAUUCUUCCAGAAACCCACUUCGUAAAAACGGUUUUAGUGUUCGUGGUGUGUUAGCACUUAGUUGAGACAUGGAUGCGAGUAGGGGACAUAAUGGAAUUCAACUUCUGUUAACCGCAGAGCAAGAAGCUCAGCAAAUUGUGAAUGCUGCACGCAACGCAAAAUUGGCGCGACUUAAACAGGCCAAAGAAGAGGCGGAGAAGGAGGUUGCAGAAUUUCGUGCUCAGAUGGAAGCCGAUUAUCAGAGGAAACUUACAGAGACUAGUGGAGAUUCGGGUGCUAAUGUGAAACGUAUUGAGAAGGAAACCGAGGCGAAGAUUCACCAUCUAAAGACGGAAGCUGAUAGAAUUUCACAUGAUGUCGUUGACAUGCUUCUUAAGCAUGUCACCUCUGUCAGAUAUUAAAUUUUAACUGACUUAAAACCUGAGAAAAGUGUCAUUAACAUAUUAUUUGUGUAUGUUUUUAUUAUGUGAUUUAAGUGCUUGAUAGUAAUUG